AUGGGCACCGCUGUCGACGAAGUAAUGAAUAAUCGCCCUCACAAGGUUGCCGGGCACGUACUCCAUCCAAAGCGAGCGUUUUCACGGAAUGAGACUCUGGAUCCAGCUGUUACUGUGUCGACUGCAAAACUAUAUAUUGGCUCAAUUGGCGAUCUCAGGGAGUCAGAAAUCAGGCGAUAUUUUGGAAGCUACGGGGUCAUUCAAGAGUUGGAGCUCUUCGCAAACAAGGGAGAAGCUUUCAUCGUUUUCCAAGAUCAUGAUUCAGUCGACAGAAUUGUUUCCGACGAGCACACGGUUGCUGGUCGUCCUGUUGAGACACGAAAAAAUCUAUCUAUAUCCCGAAUCGAGAAAGCAAUAGAGAGGCGCGAACGGCAGCAGCACUGUCGCGCACAGGACUGGAAUCACCGUCAGUAUUAUGGCGGUCAUCAUCCGUAUGCUCGGCCAUACAACGAAGAGAAUGGCGGCUAUCACAACUGGGGAGGAUACGAUAGAGGCUUCGAUCAGGGAAGGUAUGGAGAUGGAGGUUACACAAUGGAAAGAUGUCGUCCUUCCCAGGAGAAAUAUGGAGGUCCUUACAUAAGAGAACAAUUGCCACCAAGAGGAUACGAAGGAUAUGAAGGUGGCUACAACAGACCUCCUCCAGACUGGUACAGUCAUCCAAGAGAUUAUUAUGGCACAUUCCAGCAAAACAGAUAUGGAGGCCAUCCUGUACAUCCUGGUGAUAGUUAUCUUUCACGAAAUUUUCCUUCUCUAUUCCCACCUGCUCCAACUCCUUGGCAUGGAGAAUAUGCGACUCCUACAGGAGGACCUGGAUUCCCUGGUCCCAUGGCUUACACAAACAUUCAAUCUGUGGAACCAGAAAGUACGAAACUAAAAAGAGAGAUUUCAAGUCUAAGGGGACAAGUAGACGAAUGCACGAGAGUAGCAAUAAAUCGCCAGAAGAUUGAUGCGAAUUUCAUCAAAAACUUGAAAAACCAGAUACAGCACGUCAGAGAAGAACAGCAGGGUGAAAAAGAAAAGCUGAACGAAGCACAAGAAACUAUUAAGAAAUCUGGUAUGGCAGACGAACGGAAUGAACUCAACAGAUCUUCAGAGGCGAAAAUUCGAAGGCUUCGCUGUCUCAAAAAUCACGAAAUCGAUAUGAUCACUACUCGAUUCAAAAAAAAGGCUGUCGAACUCCAUUUAUUACGCGGAGAGCUUCAAGAGCUCAAGAUGGAGAAUGACGUUCUCGUUGGUGUUAACAAGACGAAAGAAAGGUUCUUGCAAUAG